AAAGAUAUUCUAGAUCAACAGCAGCAAGAAAGAUAUGAUGCAGAUUUUCAUGGCAUAUGCAUGUUUUGUGAUCAUCUUUUUUUGGGUAACAGGUCAGUCCUUCUCAAUCACAUGGCAAAAGAUCAUGCAUUCAAUAUUGGCUUGCCAGAUAACAUUGUGAACUGUAAGGAGUUUUUGAAUGUUCUUCAGAAAAAAAUUGACAGUUUCCAAUGUUUAUACUGUGAAAAAACAUUUGCAGAUAAGAACAAAGUCAAGGACCACAUGAGGAAGAAGCAACAUCGUAAAAUCAAUGCUAAAAACCAAGAAUAUGACAAAUUUUAUAUUAUUAAUUAUUUGGAAUUUGGGAAGUCCUGGGAACAGGUUCAAUCAGAAGAUGAUCGAGAAUUGUUCCACAAUCAAGAAGAAGACUGGUCUGAUUGGGAAGAACAUCCUGUUUGUGCAGUCUGUCUCUUCUGUGAAAAGCAAACUGACACCACAGAAAAACUCUAUGUUCACAUGCAGGAGGCUCAUGGAUUUAACUUAUUAAAAAUUAAGUCUGAGCAUGAUCUGAAUUUCUAUCAACAAGUAAAACUAAUGAAUUACAUCAGGAGACAGGUGCACCAGUGUCAGUGUUUUAACUGUGAGAAAAAAUUCCAGUUGAAAGAAGAGUUAAUAUGUCAUUUGGAAGAUAGCAAACAUAUAGCAGUUCUGCCUGACAGAUCUGUUUGGGAUCAACCACAGUACUAUUUUCCUACCUAUGAAAAUGAUACUCUUCUCUGCUUACUUUCUGACAAUGAGGAUGAACUGACAGCUGAAAAACAAACAGAUAACAUACCUGUCAUUAGUGAAGAUGUUUCCAAUAUAGAGACUUUGAAACAGAACAGUGUAUUAAAUGAGCUUCUUCACGAGGAGUUAAAUAACACAGAAACAUAAUUACAAUGAAAAAAAUCUUAAUAACUGGUUUUCAAAUUGAAAAAAGGGUAAAAUAUUUGGGUAUUACUAUGUCCAAUAUGAAUGGUAUGUUAUUUCAACAUAAUUAUAUUACAGUAUGGAAUGAAAUUAAGGAAGAUCUGUUAAGAUGGAAAAAGAUGAAAUUUAUCCUUGGAGAUAAAAAUAAAAGUGUUACCUAUA